AGGGAGGCUGGAGGCGCCGGGCGCCGGGCGCCGGGCGCCGGAGCGGAGCGGGCGCGGGGCGGGAGCUGCUGUGCCCGCGGCCGCCCCCACCGCGCCGGUGCGUCUGCUGCUCGGACACUAAAGGAGACGGAUGGGGUCGGGGACACGCGGCGCGCGCGGCCCCGGGCGGCUCAUCGCUCAGCCGCCGCCCCCGCGGCGGAGGGGUCGGGGCGCGGGUCCGGCGGGAGAUAAAGGGGCCGCGAGGCGAGCGGGGCACGGGGCGGGCCGCGGCAGCAGCAUGAGACGCGCAGACCCGAGCCACGCUGCGGGCGCAGCCCCCGAGUCGGACGCGGGCCGGGCGGCGGUCGCCUGGGCCUACCAGCGCUUCGAGCCCCGCGCCUACCUCCGCAACAACUACGCGCCCCCGCGUGGGGACCUGAGCAGCCCGGACGGCGUCGGGCCGUGGAAGCUGCGCUGCCUGGCGCAGACCUUCGCCACCGGUGAGGUGUCUGGACGCACCCUCAUCGACAUUGGUUCGGGCCCCACCAUAUACCAGCUGCUCAGCGCCUGUGCCCACUUUGAGGACAUCACAAUGACAGAUUUCCUGGAGGUCAACCGCCAGGAGCUGGGGCUGUGGCUGCAGGAGGAGCCCGGGGCCUUCAACUGGAGCGUGUACAGCCAGCAUGUCUGCCUCAUCGAGGGCAAGGGGGAGUCCUGGCAGGAGAAGGAACGUCAGCUGCGAGCCAGGGUGAAGCGUGUCCUGCCAGUCGAUGUGCACCAGCCCCAGCCCCUGGGCACUGGGAGCCUGGUGCCCCUGCCUGCUGACGCCCUGGUCUCUGCCUUCUGCCUGGAGGCUGUGAGCCCAGACCUCGCCAGCUUCCAGCGGGCCCUGGACCACAUCACCACACUGCUCAGGCCCGGGGGGCACCUCCUCCUCAUUGGGGCCCUGGAGGAGUCGUGGUACCUGGCUGGGGAGGCCAGGCUGGCGGUGGUGCCAGUGUGUGAAGGGGAGGUGAGGGAGGCCCUGGUGCAUAGUGGCUAUGAGGUCCGGGACCUUCGCACCUACAUCAUGCCUGCCCACCUUCAGACAGGCGUUGACGAUGUCAAGGGCAUCUUCUUUGCCUGGGCCCAGAAGAAGAUAGGGGCGGGGUUGUGAGGGCUCAGUGCGCUGCCCAGUGCCCUGUUGCCCUUACCAACCCAUAUUCCCUGUUAUCUGUGGUGGCACCUAAUAAAGAAAUAAUUUCCCGCUGCUGA